AUGAUGCCCCGGCACCACAACAGUGGCUUCGCCAACGGCUACCCGCGCGGAAACACGUUUGACAUCUCUCCCCACAGAUUCCAACCUCGGACAUCUGCACCGGUGAAUCGACGCCAGAGGAAACUCCUCGUCCGCCUCGGCGCUGCUGCCUUCGCCUUUAUCCUCCUCUGUCUGUGGAUUUGGCCGCACAGGCCUGUGUCCCUGGGCAUCCUCUCUUCACCUAGUGACCUAGAACUCGAGACCGUUCGAUACUACGACCUGACGAAUGUCCAAGGCACUGCACGUGGAUGGGAACGCGAGGAGCGUAUACUGCUAUGCGUUCCACUGCGCGACGCCGAGCCUCAUCUUGCCAUGUUCUUUUCUCACCUGCGCAACUUCACCUAUCCCCAUCACCUCAUCGACCUGGCUUUCCUGGUAUCAGAUUCCAAAGACCGAACGCUGGAGGUACUGUCAGACAGCCUGAAGCUUAUUCAGGCCGACCAAGACCCGAAGCAGCCGUAUGGCGAGAUCUCCAUCAUCGAGAAAGACUUUGGUCAGAAGGUGAAUCAGGAUGUGGAAAGUCGGCACGGCUUUGCGGCACAGGCGAGCCGCAGAAAGCUGAUGGCGCAAGCCCGGAACUGGUUGCUGAGCGCCGCAUUACGGCCCUACCACUCCUGGGUAUACUGGCGCGAUGUCGAUGUCGAGACUGCUCCGUUUACGAUUCUUGAGGAUCUCAUGCGGCACAACAAGGAUGUCAUUGUUCCGAAUGUUUGGCGGCCUCUGCCCGACUGGCUUGGCGGCGAACAGCCCUACGACUUGAAUUCCUGGCAAGAAUCGGAAACCGCGCUUGCGCUAGCUGACACGUUGGAUGAAGAUGCCGUCAUCGUUGAGGGCUACGCGGAAUAUGCUACGUGGCGACCACACCUCGCUUAUCUUCGUGAUCCCUACGGGGAUCCUGACAUGGAAAUGGAGAUUGAUGGCGUCGGGGGCGUCAGCAUCCUGGCAAGGGCAAAAGUGUUUCGGACUGGUGUUCAUUUUCCGGCUUUCAGCUUCCUGAAGCACGCGGAGACGGAGGGGUUUGGCAAAAUGGCGAGGCGGAUGCAAUACUCGGUAGUAGGCUUGCCUCACUAUGUCAUAUGGCACCUUUAUGAGCCCAGCGUGGACGACAUCCGGCAUAUGGAGGAGAUGGAACAAGAGCGGAUUGCACACGAGAAGGAGGAGUCGGAAAAGAAGGCUAAAGAGCAAAAGAUCAAGGAGGCGUUCCAAGAUGCCAAUUACCAAUGGGAAAUGGACAAGAAUGGUAUGCAAGAGCAGCAGAAGAAGCAGACGCAGCAGAAGACGCAGCAGAAGGAGCAGAAGGAGCAGAAGGAGCAGAAGGAGCAGAAGGAGCAGAAGGAGCAGAAGGAGCAGAAGGAGCAGAAGGAGCAGAAGGAGCAGAAGGAGCAGAAGGAGCAGAAGGAGCAGAAGGAGCAGAAGGAGCAGAAGGAGCAGAAGGAGCAGAAGGAGCAGAAGGAGCAGAAGGAGCAGAAGGAGCAGAAGGAGCAGAAGGAGCAGAAGGAGCAGAAGGAGCAGAAGGAGCAGAAGGAGCAGAAGGAGCAGAAGGAGCAGAAGGAGCAGAAGGAGCAGAAGGAGCAGAAGGAGCAGAAGGAGCAGAAGGAGCAGAAGGAGCAGAAGGAGCAGAAGGAGCAGAAGGAGCAGAAGGAGCAGAAGGAGCCGAAGGAGCAGAAGGAGCAGAAGGAGCCGAAGCAGCCGAAGCAGCCAGGAGGAGGCUCGCCUGCCUUGCAACAGGGUGCUGUAGCAGGCAAGGCUGCGUCCUAA